CCUCUCCUUUAAAGUCUCUACUUCUUCUCCAAACUCAAAUCAGACCCAACAAUGGAGAACUCCGCAGCAGCAGUUGUUCAGGAAACCAGAAACCAAACCCUAAUUCCGUCCCCAAAUAGUCGGAGCUCCAACAGCUCCAGCAACAGUAACAGCAACAGCAGCACCAGCGCCAAUGGCGGAGGCCUGCACAACCGCCCAUCGCCGCCGUCGACGAUUCCGAUGACCAGAUCGGACCCGAGCAACCCGUACCCGACGACCUUCGUCCAGGCGGACACCUCCUCUUUCAAACAGGUGGUCCAAAUGCUAACCGGGUCGUCCGAGACCGCCCGCACCGCCGCCCGGCCCGAACCCGCUCGGAACCCUAUCCCGCCAAUGAAGACCGGGCUCCGCAAGGACAAACCCGCUUCGAAGCUCUACGAGCGCCGGAACAGCCUCAAAAACUUCAAGAUCAGCCCUCUGGCUCCCGGCCUCGUCAACGCCCGCCCCGGAUACUUUAACGGGUACGCCGGCUCGCCCCGACCCGCCACGCCGGAAAUUCUUUCUCCAAGUAUUCUCGAUUUCCCGUCGCUGGUGCUCAGCCCCGUGACGCCGUUGAUCCCCGAUCCCUUCCACCGCACGGGCGGCGGAGCAGGCAACAAUUGUGGCAGCAGAUUGGAUACGGCGGCGGAGGACAAGGCAAUUAAGGAAAAGGGGUUUUAUUUACAUCCAUCUCCGGCGAGUACUCCGCGGGAUUCGGAGCCCCGACUGUUGUCUUUGUUUCCGGUGACCUCGCCGAGAGUUGUGGGUUCAACCGGCGCCGCCGAGUCCUGAUCAGCAAAAAUAACAAACUUCGUGAAGUGGUGCACAUGAUAAAGCAAGGGGGGGCGGUGGGCCCUGAUGAUGCCCAGAUGGAUCUAAACAAUUGGGCGCGUGGGGCCCACACGCAUCUCCCAAGAAUUACUGAGGAAGGAAGAUAUGGGUGUUUUUUCAAAAGUGGAGAAGGGUUAGCUGUCAGUGGAUGAGUAAAAGAAGGGAAAGGAAUCUUUAGACUCUUUUGUUGUUUCUACGAUGGAGGUGGAGGUGGAGUUGGAUAGAUGCCAAAAGAUUGCCUGGCACGAGGUUUACUAUGUAAUGAAAGCACAUUCUUGAUUUCUUAUAUCACUGUUUUUUGAUCAUUAGAAGAAGACGACGGGUAUAAAGAUCGGGGUGGAGGUCUGCAACCAAAAUUUUAUUUUAUUUUAUUUUAUUUUUUUAGUUUGGAAAAUUUUGUGCCAAACAAGGCUCUGCUCUGUUUGAAUGCAUCAUUUGUGGGAGAUCCAUGGACGCGAGCUCCCAUGUGCAUCGCCGCCGUAGAUGGUGUGGGGUCCACGCGUGAAUGGGAUUGACUCUGUGUCGGAGCUGAGGGCCCGGACCCGCUAAAUUACGUCACGUAUUUGAAUCUCUUACGGCCAUUACAUUUUCACCAAUCAACUAACCGUUCAUCAAAGAUGGGCAAGAAAAAUAAACUCACAAAAAUUUUAUUUAAAAAAAAAACAAAGCUUUAUGUGGAACCCUAUGUGUACUAAUCGUAGCCAUUUAACUUCUUUAGCAUGAUAAUGCUCCUGAUAAUUCACUAGCAAAC